CUCCUCCUCCUCCGUGUCUGUGCUGCGCUUGCGCGCUGCCUCCCUGCGCUUUACCUCGACACCCACCGGCUCGUUUCCUUAUCGUCAUCGUUGAUGUCUCCCUACCCUGUCACACCCGGUUAACGCCGACCGACCGCACUUCUUCAGCUCCCACUUAAACAACAGCAACAUGGUGUACUUCCAAGAGAACUUUCCAGUGUGAACAUGUUGAUUAACGAGCGACAAAUAAAGGAGUGAAGCACCACCUGUGCCCGGGGGGAGAAAUGCAGGACGAAAGCGGCAAAGCAGGACCGGGGAGCCCCGCUGUAGCCGGCGGUGCGCAGAAUUCGGUACAUUUGAACGGACAUACUGUCACUCAAAAUGGUAACACCCCGACAGCUACGCCUGCACCACAGCCACAGUGUGAAUCCCAAGCCUCGAGUCCCACACCCACUCCAAACCCGAUUGUCCCGAGGGAGCAGUGGGGAGGGAAGUACGAGUUCUUGCUCUCCUGUAUGGGAUACUGUGUGGGACUUGCGAACGUCUGGCGGUUCCCAUACCUUUGUUAUCGCAAUGGAGGAGGUGUGUUUCUCAUCCCCUACUUCAUCAUGCUGUUUUUUACGGGUGUUCCGCUCUUCCUCAUGGAGCUGAGUUUGGGGCAGUACGGAGCAGCUGGCCCCAUCAUGGUGUGGAAAUGCUGCCCUCUGCUCAAAGGUAUUGGCAUUGGGAUGCUCUGUGUGUCCACGCUGGUGUGUCUCUACUAUAACAUCAUUAUAGCAUGGACUUUUUACUACCUGGGCAGCUCGUUCCAGAGCCCUCUGCCCUGGUCCUGUGAGGCGAUAGCCAAUAUAGGUCUCUGUGGUAAUGCCACCACUGGCAAUAGCUCCACUGGUAAAGGACUCAGCCCCACAGAGAUUUUCUGGAGUGAGCGUGUGCUGGGUGUAGUAAACAGUGAGGGUCUUCAUGACCCAGGCCCAGUCCGGUGGCCCCUGGCCCUGUGCCUCCUGGCUGCCUGGAUCAUCGUCUUCCUGUGUAUGCUCAAGGGCAUCCGCAGCUCUGGCAAGGUGGUUUAUGUGACGGCUACCAUCCCAUACAUUGUGCUCAUUGUUCUGAUCAUCAGAGGUGCUACGCUGGAGGGCUCUCUUCAGGGCGUUGCUUUCUACCUCACACCAGACUGGGCUCGAUUGGCUAAUGCACAGGUGUGGAACGACGCAGCCUCACAGAUCUUCUACUCCUUAGGUAUUGGAGUAGGGGGGCUGCUUUCUAUGGCCUCUUACAAUAAGUUUGACAACAACGUCAUCAGGGACACUUUGAUUAUCACCACUGGAAACUGUGCCACCAGCUUCUUUGCAGGAUUUGCUAUAUUCUCAAUCCUGGGUCACAUGGCAUGGAAGAAGGGAGUGCCUGUCGCAGAGGUGGCAGAUUCAGGUCCUGGGUUGGCCUUCGUUGCUUACCCAGAGGCCCUUGCUCUGCUGCCAGGCUCAGUGUUCUGGUCCAUUAUAUUCUUCAUCAUGCUCUUUAUGCUGGGGAUCGAUACAUUGUUUGGCAACAUGGAGGGCAUCACUACGGCUGUGAUGGAUGAGUUCCCACACCUCAGAGUGAACACGCUGCACAAGUCCUUGUUCUUAGGCACUCUGUGUUUUGGCUUCUACCUGAUGGGUCUCCUGUUAGUGACAGACGGUGGGAUUUACUGGUUCACUCUCAUUGACUCCUUCAGCACUAGUUUUGGCCUCAUCAUCAUCGCCCUGUUCAUGUGCAUUGGCAUCUCCUUCUUCUAUGGAGUAAACCAGUUUUGUCAAGACAUUCUUGAUAUGAUCUGCCACUGCCCUCCCUGGUGCGGCAAAGUGCUGCUUUACUUCAAAGCAUGCUGGAUUUUCUUCACUCCGUUUAUUCUGCUGUUCAUCCUGACCUACAUCUUCAUUGAGAUGUACAACACAUCACUCCAGUACGGGUCCUAUGUGUAUCCACGGUGGGGUAAAGCGUUGGGCGUGUGCAUGGCCGCGACCUGCUGUCUACAGAUCCUCAUCUGGGCCAUUGUGGCCAUCUCCAAGGAAACGGGAACGCUGAAAGACCGUUUCCAGAAAUGCAUUCAGCCUCUGAAUUCCUGGAGAGUAAACAACUUGAACAGCACUGAGAGAGUAGAGGAGCGUGUAGAGGCCGAGAGAGUGGACGCUCCGUUCACUGUCACGCUCACAGACAUGGACUUUACUGCGAUGGCGUGGGAGACUGGAAGCGAGGCAUGACAGCAUGGAGAGCAGUGAUGAACGCACAGUGAUAGGAAAUUUACGUUGUCAAGAGAUAGAGGAAUUUAUUAUUAUGGUAUUGGCCCCAGCUAGGUUCUGGUGGCUGUGUCUGAACAGACGGUGUCCUGCAGGGCAGUGUGGAAUAAUUCCUUUAUGUACUAUUGUAUUGUAUGUACUUUUUUCAAACUUUUUUUUAUGUUGUGUAGAAUAUAAGGUUACGGCUGUAAAGUUUGAAUCAUCUUCAUCUUAGAUGACAUAGUUGGACUCUACAGGACUUUUGGAUGGUGACGAUCCUGCAGUGUAUCUGCUGAUCUUAUUUAUUGUCAUAGGAGCGUAGAAUAAUGUAUUUUCAGUGACAGAGGUCAACAGCGGCUGAGGGACUAGAUUCCGUUGAUUGCAUACAAGGAGGGACAAAAAGUGCAGUGACUCUUGACUGUUACCUUCAACAACCUCUAAUGGACCCGGAGAGGUGACUACAAAUCCUCAGCCUGCCAGACGAAAUGGCAAUGAUGACUCAGCCGCACAGAGUCAGGAAUACUUUUAAUUCAUCUUACUAUUUAAAAUGAACAAUUGCUAGAAUAAAUAAAUAAAUUUACAAAAAACUUGCCAAAUGA